AUGCCUGCAGUACCGCAGUCGGCCUUGAACUUCCGAGGCUUCAAGGAGAGGGGGCAGUCGUUCUCCCACGGAUCUAUUAUAUCUACCUACUACCAGCGCCCCCGCUCGCCCCUGCUGCCCCGCUCGCCCCUACUGCCCCCUCUUACCCCUACUGCCCCCGCUCGCCCCUGCUGCCCCCUCUUACCCCUACUGCCCCCUCUUGCCCCUACAGCCCCCCUCUUGCCCCUUGCCCCCUACUGCCCCCUCUGCCCCUCUUUGCCCCUACUGCCCCCCUCUUACCCCUACUGCCCCCGCUCGCCCCUGCUGCCCCUCGCCGCCCCUGCUGCCCCGCCGCCUUACUGCCCCCUCUCUCCCUACUGCCCUCUUACCCCUACCCCCUCACCCCUACUGCCCCCCUCUGCCCCUACUGCCCCCUCUUGCCCCUGCUGCCCCUGCGCUCGCCCCGCUGCCCCCUCACCCUGCUGCCCCCUCUUCCCUACUGCCUCGCUCCCUACAGCCCCCUUCUCGCCCCCCUCUUGCCCUUACUGCCCCGAUCGCCCCUGCUGCCCCCGCUCGCCCCUGCGCCCCUCGCCAGCUUACUGCCCCUCUUGCCCCUACUGCCCCCUCUUCCCUACUGCCCCUACCCCCCUGCCCCCUUGCUCCCUCUGCCCCCUCUUACUCCCUACUGCCCCCUCUUACCCCUACAGCCCUCUGCCCCUACAGCCCCUCUUGCCUCUUUCCCCUCUUGCCCCUGCUGCCCCCUCCGCCCUGCUGCUCCCCCGCUUCGCCCCUGCCCCCCUCUCCCCCUGCUGCCCCCGCCGCCCUGCUGCCCCGCCGCCCCUGCUGCCCCCGGUCGCCCCUGCUGCCCCCGCUCGCCCCUGCUGCCCCGCCCCCGCCCCGCCCCUGCGCCUCCCCGCCCCUGCUGCCCCCCCGCCCCUGCCCCGCCUCUGCCCCCCUUGCCCCUACUGCCCCUCUUUCCCCACUGCCCCCCUCUUGCCCCUACUGCCCCCUCUUACCCCUACUGCCCCCUCUUCCCCUACUGCCCCCUCUUGCCCCUACUGCCCCCUCUUGCCCCUGCUGCCCCCGCUCGCCCCUGCUGCCCCCGCUCGCCCCUGCUGCCCCCUCUACCCCCUACUGCCCCCACUUGCCCCGCUGCCCCGCCUCGCUGCCCUGCUCGCCCCUGCUGCCCCCUCUUACCCCUACUGCCCCCACUUGCCCCUGCUGCCCCGCUCGCCCCUGCUGCCCCGCUGCCUGUGCCAGGAAACCCCGUUGGAGCGGCCAGGAAACCCCGUUGGAGCGGCCAGGAAACCCUGUUGGAGCGGCCAGGAAACCCCGUUGGAGCGGCCAGGAAACCCUGUUGGAGCGGCCAGGAAACCCCGUUGGAGCGGCCAGGAAACCCUGUUGGAGCGGCCAGGAAACCCCGUUGGAGCGGUCAGGAAACCCUGUUGGAGCGGCCAGGAAACCCUGUUGGAGCGGCCAGGAAACCCCGUUGGAGCGCUAGCAAACCCCUUUGGAGCGGCCAGGAAACCCCUUUGGAGUGGCCAGGAAACCCCGUUGGAGCGGCCAGGAAACCCCUUUGGAGUGGCCAGGAAACCCCGUUGGAGCGGCCAGGAAACCCCUUUGGAGUGGCCAGGAAACCCCGUUGGAGCGGCCAGGAAACCCCUUUGGAGUGGCCAGGAAACCCCGUUGGAGCGGCCAGGAAACCCCCUUUGGAGUGGCCAGGAAACCCCGUUGGAGCGGCCAGGAAACCCCUUUGGAGUGGCCAGGAAACCCCGUUGGAGCGGCCAGGAAACCCCCUUUGGAGUGGCCAGGAAACCCCGUUGGAGCGGCCAGGAAACCCCUUUGGAGUGGCCAGGAAACCCCGUUGGAGCGGCCAGGAAACCCCGUUGGAGCGGCCAGGAAACCCCAUUGGAGCAGCCAGGAAACCCCUUUGGAGCGGCCAGGAAACCCCUUUGGAGCGCUAGCAAACCCCUUUGGAGUGGCCAGGAAACCCCGUUGGAGCGGCCAGGAAACCCCGUUGGAGUGGCUAGCAAACCCCUUUGGAGCGGCCAGGAAACCCCGUUGGAGCGGCCAGGAAACCCCGUUGGAGUGGCUAGCAAACCCCUUUGGAGCGGCCAGGAAACCCCAUUGGAGCGGCCAGGAAACCCCUUUGGAGUGGCCAGGAAACCCCGUUGGAGCGCUAGCAAACCCCUUUGGAGCGGCCAGGAAACCCCGUUGGAGCGGCCAGGAAACCCCUUUGGAGCGCUAGCAAACCCCUUUGGAGCGGCCAGGAAACCCCGUUGGAGCGGCCAGGAAACCCUGUUGGAGCGCUAG